AUGGCAUCCAAAGUAACCCUAACAUCCCUGAACAUCGCACAGCUCCUCGACAAGCAGCAAGAAGGAUUCCCCGACAAAACAGCCGUGAUAUCGAAAUGGCAGGGGGUGAGUCUGACAUACCAAACCCUGAAAAAGUCUGUCCGGGAGAUAGCAUCAAAUCUCCUACGUCGGGGCGUGCGCCCGCAGGACCGCGUUGUCGUACUUGCUGGGAAUACAAUCGAGUACGUGCAGCUGUUCCUGGCGGUUAGUGCCAUCGGGGCGAUUUUCACUAUCAUCAAUCCGACGUUUACACAGGAUGAGAUUCUGCCUGCUAUUGAGUUUGUGGACCCCACUGCGAUAUUCAUCGCAGACCGUAUUGGAUAUCGCAAGUAUGGACCGCUCAUCGCGGAAAUUGCGAAGAAGCGCCGCGAUGUCUCGCUUUUCGUGCAGCUUGGUUCUGGACCGAAACUGUCUGAGGAUGUGCGCACAUGGGAGGAAUUCCUCCAGCCAGAGGGGGGUGCCGUCCAGCAGCACGAUAUUGUGUCUUCGUACUGGGGACUCGCAGACCCAAAUGAUGCAAUGUGUAUCCAGUUCACGAGCGGCACGACUGGGCCGAGAAAGGCGGCGAUGCUGUCACAUAGCAACCUGUUGAAUAAUGCCUUGCUGGUUGGACAUCGACUCCAGUUCACAGAGGACGACGUUGUACUUUGCUGCUCGCCUGUAUUCCACUGCUUCGGUCUAGUAUGCGGAGUCCUGGCAGCGCUUGUAUAUGGAGGGACAGCCGUCCUCCCCUCAGACGUCUUCGAUGCAGGAGCGAGUCUCCGUGCUCUGUCCGAAGACAAGUGUACAGUCGUGCACGCCGUCCCAACGAUGUUCCAGGCCAUGCUGGACCACCGUGAUAUUGCCAAACAUGCUCCGCGCGCUUGUCUGAGAACCGGGAUUGUAGCUGGCUCUAGUCUAUCUACGACGCUUCUCUCGCGGUUAGAGGAGGUGUUGAAUUUCACGGGUCUCGCGUAUGGAUAUGGCAUGACGGAGCUUUCGUGUAUAGUCUUCUUAACGGAUCCGAAUGAGGUUCGUCUUGUUGAUGAGCAUACGUCGGUUGGAAAGGUUAUGCCGCGUACGACAGCGCGCGUCGUUGAUGAGGAUAUGAAUACGCUUCCACCCGGGACGCCAGGCGAAUUGGUUGUGUCUGGAUAUCUUGUUUUCAGGGGAUAUUACAAGAAUCCUGAGAAAACGGCGGACGCCUUGAUUACAGAUGCUGAAGGUAGGACCUGGCUACGGACGGGAGACUUGGUGAAUAUUGAUGCUGCGGGUCGGUGUACCAUUACUGGGCGGGUGAAGGAUAUGAUCAAGAGAGGGGGUGAAAAUAUCUUCCCUGGUGACAUUGAGCCAGUCCUGGAGUCUCAUCCCGAUAUCAUCGCAUCUGCAGUUGUCGGAGUUCCAGAUCCAUACUGGGGUGAGAUUGUCGUGGCUUUUAUACAACCUGCGAAAGAGGCCAAGGCAGGAGCUAGCUUGCAAAAGAAGGCAAUCAAGCAAUGGCUGCGGAAUAGAUUGGCACCCCAUAAAGCCCCAGAGCAUUUCUUUCUGCUUGGAGAUGGAGGAGGAAUCCCCGAUGAGCUGCCGGUGAAUGCCACGGGGAAGGUGCUUAAAAGGGAUCUUCGGGAUAUUGCUACUGGGCUGGUGUAA